UCUUCCAGAAUCUAGUGGUGCGGUCUGUGACGGAAGAUCUUUUCAGAAGAGCUUAAACAAGAAAAUAUACGUUUUUUGGGGGUUUGAAUUCUGAAUGCAGCCCUUAUAAUUAUCGGAUCGCGUGGAACUGAUGAGAUCUGAACGUGCAAACUUCUGACUGAAGCAGUGAAUAAAGUGAAGCGCUUGUCACCUCAACCACAGCAGCAGCAUCACAGUUUGUUACGGAACAUGGACGGGAGUGUGACAGUCAUCACCAACCCCACCGUGUCCGUGCGGGUGACCAGCACCGUCAGCUCCUUCGAGGUGAACCGGAGAUUCAACCGAGGCAUAACGAUCGCAGAGUUUAAGAGUAAAUUGGAGCUGAUUGUGGGCACCCCAGCUGCCUAUAUGGACCUUGAGCUAUUCAGCACUUCAGACAAGUUCUUACAGAAGCUAGACAACAAUGAAGCGCUGCUCGGCUCCUAUCCUGUGGAUGAUGAAUGCAGAAUACAUGUGACGGACCGCAGUGGUACGCAGAGCGCGGAGUUCACUGAUUUGUCAAAGGUGGAGAAAUUCGAGAUCUCUGAUGAAGCCUAUGAAAAAAGGACAGAUUCGAUACGGAACUUCAAGAAGAAUUUCAAGUUAGGUCGAUUUAAUGAGGAAAACAGGGCCAAGGAAGAAGAGGCUCUUGCUAAGAAAGAAGAGGAAGGGAAGGUGGCCGCCGGAUCCAUUGCUGUUGGGAACCGCUGCAAAGUUGAAGUUGUUGGGCAACCUACCAAGAUUGGCACGGUUAUGUUUGUGGGUACAGCAGAUUUCAAACCAGGCUACUGGGUUGGUGUGAAAUAUGAUGAGCCGCUUGGGAAGAAUGAUGGCAGUGUGAAUGGGAAACGUUACUUUGAGUGUGAGCCAAAAUACGGCACCUUCGUGAAGCCCCUCUCAGUAAUUGUGGGAGACUUCCCUGAAGAGGACUAUGGUUUGGAUGAGAUGUAAGACAGUCCGAAGCAUCAGAAGAAAGAUCUUCUUUCUUCCAGAAGUUUGGCUCCAUGCAGUGAGACAUUGCUGCGGUAGAAGUUUUUUUGUUGUCAGUGCAGAUCAUUUUGUUUUAUGCUGGUCUGGAAGAGAUCAGCGAAAAUUGUACCUUAAUUUCCUGCAGUCAAAGUUAAGGAAUGAUCUUAAACAACAUCUGUGCCCUGGUGACUAGAAGUAACUAGUAAGGUAAAUGUGAGAACACCAGCCGAGGUCAGAGUAAAGAAAAGCAUUCGCUUGCAUGUUGAUUGUUCAUUAAUGAAUUCCAAAGUUCUGCAGCUAAUUUGAGCCCAGACCGAAUAAUUUUACUUUAAACAAAACCAACCAACCACAACAGAAAAUGUAUUUCACGUUUUUGCAAUAGUGUACACACUGUAUUGUAUAAAUGUAUUAUUUGUACUAAUGAAUUCCUCCUUUUCUGCAGCCUAUUACAUUCUUAUGCAUCAAUAUGACCGUGUUUAGGGUCUCAGUCCCUCAUUCCCUUUGGCACUUUAGCGAUUAGCUCACUAAUGAGACAUGUAAUGUAGAAUUCCGUGGCCUCAGCUUUCCAUGGUUCUGUAUUUUCAGUGUAAAUUACAAAAAUGUGAAGAAGUCUUGCUUUUUUUGUGAAAAUUGGCUGUAACACUGAUGUAGCCUAGUACAGCCCAAAAACCUUGAUCGCUCACAAGUAAUAAUAAACAUUUGGUUUUGGUGCACAGCAACUGAUAUGAUUCACAUGAAUGCCAUAAUUAUAUUAUAGUAGCUUUAACAAAACAAUGUAGUGUAAAAGUAGAAAUGUUGGACACUUGACUAGGGCCAGGCACAAACACUGAUGUUGGAGAUAGACAUGCAUCUCUUUCUCCCUUUACUCCAUGCUUACAUUAAGAGGCCAUAAAUUUGAAAAGACAGUGAUGUAUUUUUGUUUUUGACACUUUGUGAUGCUUUUAAAAACUUAAAGCCUCAGUCACCAUUUGCAAAGAAAGUACAACUGAAUUUAUCAUUUAUCAAAUACAUGUGGCCAUGGGAUGUCUGGCUCAGUUGAACGUGCCUGAGGGGAUUUAGGAAAUGUAUUGCGAUUUUCCCCUCCAGACUGUGAUGCUUUGCAAAAAUAAAAAGAGUUUCAAA